GCACUUCUGGUUAUCGGACCUCGGCAGCGGCAACGAACAUCAACGGCCUCCCCUAACCGCUCCGGGACAUCGAGUUUAAUCCAGGAGCAGCAAAAAAGAAGAUGUGGGAGACUUGUUUCGGCAUUGUUCCCAGAUUCGCAUUCUCCACGGGUUGAGACCAAAAUUCUCCUAGAGACAUUAUUUCUGUCCUACUCCGGUCGUCGUGGUCAUUCUGUGAAUUGACCCCCUCAGGUCUUGCCCCAUCCCUCCAGCGCACCGCAGUCUUUGUCGCCGAUUUCGACCGCCAGCAGAGCCGUUUAGCUGCCUUCGCCCCGAAGCGCAGCAACCUUGUAACAACCGCCCAGCCACGCCCACGAUGUCCCACUCCAAGCCUGUGCUGCCGCAGAACGACAAUGUCGCCCACGCCCUUGCUGGCGCCGGCGGCGGCGUCCUCUCCAUGGCCCUGACCUACCCGCUCAUCACGCUCUCCACCCGCGCCCAAGUCGAGUCCAAGCGGGCCGAGACGGCCUUCCUCGCUGCCGUGCACAACAUCGUCGCGCGCGAGGGCAUCUCGGGCCUGUACUCGGGCCUUUCGUCGGCCCUGUUCGGCAUCAGCGUGACCAACUUCGUGUACUACUACUGGUACGAGUGGACGCGCGCCUUCUUCGAGGCCGCCGCCGCCCGGGCCGGCCGCGCCUCCAAGAAGCUGACGACCGUCGAGAGCAUGAUCGCCGGCGCCAUCGCCGGCUCCGCCACCGUCAUCCUGACGAACCCGAUCUGGGUCGUCAACACGCGCAUGACCGCCCGCAAGAACGCCAGCGGCGCCGACGAAGCCGACGCCGCUGAGCAGGGUCUUGCCGGCCCCGGCGCCGACGGCCGCAAGAAGAGCGGCAAGCCCAGCACGGUCGGCACGCUGCUGAGCCUGCUGCGCACCGAGGGCCCGCGCGCGCUGUUCGCGGGCGUCGUGCCGGCGCUCGUGCUGGUCAUCAACCCCAUCCUGCAGUACACGCUGUUCGAGCAGUUGAAGAACAUGGUCGAGAAGCGCCGCCGCGUGACCCCCACCGUCGCCUUCUUCCUCGGCGCCCUCGGCAAGCUGUUCGCCACGACCGUGACGUACCCGUACAUCACCGUCAAGAGCCAGAUGCACGUCGCGAAGGCCGGCGAGAAGAAGGAGGGCGUCACGGAGGCGAUCCGCCGCGUCGUCCGGGAGGAGGGCUAUGCCGGGUUGUAUAAGGGUAUCGGCCCCAAGGUCACCCAGAGCGUGCUGACGGCCGCCUUCCUGUUUGCCUUCAAGGACGUGCUCUACGAGUACUCCGUCCGGUUGAGGAGCUCCGUUGCUAAGAAGGCCGUCGCGGCAUAAAUCGCGGACAUCAGCAAUACUUGUUUUAUAAACGACGCGGGAGAUGGGACUAACAGAUUGCCCCCUUUCUCCAAAACCAGUACCGGAACUUCUCCCGCGAUCUGUGUAACACUAAACGACAAGAGCAACAGGCUUCUCGACUAAACUGGGAUCAAGCGUCUCGCACGCUAUUAUGGUUCUGGUCUCGGCCAUCCACACGAGACGAAGUGAUGGGGCGGGGCGGGGUUGACGUUGGGGACAAAAGGGAUGUAGGGCAAAUACAGCGUUUGGAGCGCUGUGCCACCAGGUAAUCCUGCAGAUUUAGUCAAGGUCAUACGAUAGGGAAGGGGCAAGGCGGCGCUGUAGAUAUCAGGGGUCCGGCAAUGUUAAACGCCUGCAUCUUAGACCGUGCUCCCAGUCGAUUUCCCA